CCAGCUUAUGAAUAAAUAAAAACAAAAACAAACAAGAAACCUCGAAAAUUACGAAAAAAUGAGCUCUAUUCCGCCAAAGAACAUCAAAAAACCAACUUCACGGAUCAAACGAAGUGAAUUGAAUCCCAUUUUUCAUGCCAAAGAAAAAAGGGAGGAUUCCAAAGUCAUCACAAAAACUUUCGUACAAAAUGCUUUAAAAACGGGUGUCAUCGAUUUAUCAAGGAAGACUCUUGACGACAUUCCAAACGAAAUCUUCAAUUUAGAAGAACUUUUGAAACGGAGAAGCGGAAUUUUCAUUCCUGAUUUUGAUAAAUGUCCUGAUGACGAUGAGUAUCAAUGGUGGGAUCGAAAGCCAAUAACUUCAUUGAAUGUCAGUUCAAACAGCAUACACCAAAUAUCGCCCGAGAUUCAACAACUAGUCGAUUUAACUUUUUUAAAUGCGAGCACCAAUGUUUUAAGUACAAUGCCCAAAGAAAUUCGGUACCUAACGAAGCUGGUACACAUUGAUUUGUCACAUAAUGCAAUUACGGAGUUACCUGAUGAGUUUUUUGAAUUCCCAAAUUUGAAAUAUUUGAAUUUGAGUCAUAAUGAGAUGGAAAAUUUGCAUCCGAGUGUGUCGGAUCUCAAUAUGUUGGAGUAUUUGGACGUAUCUUUCAACAAACUGAAAGAUAUCCCAAACGGAAUCGGUUUUAUGGUACAUCUAAAAGAAAUAAUUGCAUCUAACAAUGCCUUGCAAACUAUUCCUGACGACAUAACAAUGCUCCGAAAUUUACAAGUACUAAACAUUAGCAAUAACCAAGUUGCAGUUUUGCCAUCUUUAGCGAACCUCAAAAAGUUGCAGACUUUUCAUGGACAACAAAAUAAUCUUACAGAAAUUCCGGAUUUUACGGGUUGUGACAAAAUUGAGAAUAUUUAUUUGUCGCAUAAUGCGAUAACGGAGAUGACGAAUUUUCUGAGCGAGCCAUAUCCGCAACUGAAAAUACUGGAUUUGAAGAAUAAUAAAAUCGAAAGUUGCCCGGAAGAGAUACAGCAGUUGACGACAUUGGUACAACUGGAAUUAGCUAAUAAUGACAUCAGAGAGAUACCGAUAAGUCUUUGUCGGAUGAGAAAUUUGAACGUCUUUAACAUCGUUGGAAAUCCAAUCCGCAACAUUCGUUCUGACAUUUUAAACGGAGGCUCUCGUCGCAUUUUACGUUUUCUCAAAGACAAAGAACAGGACAACUUGAAAAGGGAGGAAUUCGAAAAAAGUCUCGAAAACACUUCAAUUCCUGACAAAUACAAAAUGCGAAAAACGAGCAGUUUGAACGUUUCAAACAUGAAAUUAAGCGAAUUGCCACAAGAAACUUUAAAAGAAGCUGAAACCGAAAAAGUUCACAUUUUAAAUUUGAGUAAAAACAAGUUUGAAUGUUUCCCCGAAAAUCUCGAAAUUUUAUCAGAAUCACUUGAACAGAUGAAUUUAGCGGAAAAUCAAAUAUCUUUAGUUCCGACAACGAUUGAGAUGUUCCAAAGACUUCUUUUUAUUAAUUUAUCGAGAAAUGGUUUGACAUCGUUACCAGAUGAAUUUGCAAAAUUGACGCAUUUGAAGGAACUUGAUUUGUCAUUUAAUAAUUUUACAAAAAUCCCAAAUUGUAUUUAUGAGUUGAUAAGAUUGGAAAUUCUGAGUUUUCGUAAUAAUAAAUUGGAAGAAAUUCAAGUUACGGAAGAAACUUUGAAAAAAUUGACUCGAUUGGCAAGUUUGGAUUUGGCUAAUAAUAAUAUUGGUUUUGUACCGCCAGAAAUUGGGACAAUGAAGCAAAUUACAUAUUUGGAUCUUACAGGGAACACAUUUAGAAAUCCACGACAUGCGAUUUUAGAAAAGGGAACACAAUUUGUCAUGGCAUAUCUAAGAGAUAGACUCCCUGAGGAAAAGUGAAUGUCAUAAAAAAUGCUGACGAAUUUAUUUUGAUGUAGUGCAAUAUUAAAUUUACAACAUUUUGCAGAACAAAUCCUAUAAAAAAUGGAUUUAAAAAAAAUAAUCUCACAAAAAAAUUUGAAUUAUUUAUCUUAAAUUUUCAAAAUUUUUCAAAAAAUUAUAUACUGUAGCGAUUUGGAUUGAUAUUUAUUGUAAAAAUGUUCCUUUAUCAAUGUA